UUGGGCUCCCAACUCUCCCGCGGGAGGUACUCAAAUGAGAGCCCGGCUGCUGCCGCGGGCGCCCGUGCUGCUGUCGCUGCUGAUCCUGGGCUCAGCCCAUUAUGCUGCUGGAUCGGCCGCCAAUGACACCUACUCUGGAAAAGGGGAACCCUUUUCUGGGGACUACAGUGCUGAUGAAUUUGAAGUCACCUCAAGAAGUGGGGUUUCCCUUGUGAGUGAGGAGCCUUCUGAUAGUGAACUGCCCUCGGGGAGCGACUAUGACUAUGCAGAAGAGUAUGAUAGUGAGAGGCAAAUAUCUGGCUAUAUCGUAGAUGAUUCAGUCAGAGUUGAACAGGUAUUUAAACCCAAGGAAAACAAAACAGAAAGUGAAAAUACUACAGACAAACCCAAAAGAAAGAAAAAAGGACCGAAAAAUAGAAAAAAUCGAAAAAACAAAAAGAAAAAUCCCUGUGAUACAAAAUUUCAAAAUUUCUGCAUUCAUGGAGAAUGCAUAUAUAGAGAGCAUAUGAAAAAAGUAUCAUGCAGAUGUCAUCAGGAUUACUUUGGUGAACGGUGUGCGGGAAAGUCCAUGAAGACUCACAGCAUGGUUGAUGAUGACUUAUCAAAAAUUACAUUAGCAGUCAUCACUGCCUUUGUCUCAGCUGUGACCUUCACUGUUGUUGCUGCUGUUAUUAUAAUCCAGCUUCGAAAGCGAUGCUUCAGGGAAUAUGAAGGAGAAGCUGAAGAGCAAAAGAAACUUCGACAAGAAAAUGGAAAUGCACACAUCAUAGCAUAAAUGAAGAUGAUAUUACAGGGAUCGGAGUCACUGCCAAGUCACAACCAGGAGUGAUGAGUUGGUUCCUCUUUCCAGUGGAUCAUAAGAAAACAGGACGUUCUUGUUCUAAUGGUUUUAAACUUUCAAUUGUCACUUUUUAUGCAAGUCUUAUAUCUGUAUAUAAAGAUGCAUGGAGAGAAAAAGUAUUUUUUCAGGUUGUAAAUAAUUUAUUUAAUAUUUAAUGGAAGUGUAUUUAUUUUACAGCUCAAUAAACUUUUUUAAUCAAACAGAU